ACAAAGCUCCCUUAAAACACUUUCCUCUCAAAACAAGUCUCAGCAAUGGCGACAACUCGUCCACUCGUUCGUCUCUCCACCACAAGAGCGAGCCUUCAUCUCCUUUUCCAAUCUCCAAAGAGACCCUUCUCUUCGUUUUUAUCCACUCUCUCAUCUUCCGCCGUGAGAAGCUCCAAUUCGAGAUGCGUACGCGCCGCUUUGUCUCGUGGAGAGUCCACCACGCCGUCGUCGAUUUACGGAAACAAAGUUUUCAGGGCUUCUGGGUUUGGUCUUGCUAACAUUCGCAGCCGUAAUCUCAGUGCUAGAUCCUCUCAGAUCAACGAUGCUGGGUCGAUUGAUCAAACCCUUAUGCAAUCCAUGGAGCAAAAGAUCAAAGAACAAUUGAAUGCAGAGUCGGUUUCUGUCAAGGAUAUGUCUGGAGAUGGUCGCCACGUUUGCAUCAAUGUGGUAUCAUCGGCUUUUGAGGGACAAUCUGCAGUGAACAGACAAAGGAUGGUCUACAAAGCCAUUUGGGAAGAGCUUCAGAACGUAGUUCAUGCCGUUGAUCAAAUGACAACAAAAACUCCUUCCGAAGUUUGAAGCCUCGAGUUUUUAAAUGACACGAAGCCAAAUCUAUUAUUUGAACAGCGGGCAAAGCUGUUUUGUUUUAUCAAAACAAAUUUGGAUGUUUGUUUUUGUUGUUGAUGGUGGUGUGUUAUCCGAUUAUGUGACAUCCUUUGCUGUGUUUCAUUUCUUUUUGUCGUCUGCCACUCGCAUAAGUACAUUUACGUAGCUUCUUGAACCUGGAUAAUAACAGUAGUCUACAAGUUUCACAAUA